CGAGCCGCAAGCAACUGUCGUCGCAAUGGCUCGCACCCAAGCGGCAGAGAUGCGUGAUCUCGCUGUGACCGCCUUCUUCCGCUGCGCCUUCUCCGACGACACAUACCCGCCGGAAAACAUGGAGCGCAUCUUUGGCGUGAGCAUGGAUGAUGGGGUCGGCAAGUGCGUUUUCAACGCAUGGAAGACUCUGUACCUCCGCGACAAGGUGGCAGUGGGGAGCGUAAAGGCGGCCCUCGCGGCAGGCCGGCUGCCCGAGUUCUUCGAGGACACGGUCCGCAGUCUGAGCUCGCGGCCGGGCGCGGCGGCCACCCACUCGUACUACACGCUGCGUUUGCUGGGCGAGGAGGUAGACAUGCCGGCUAGCUGGAACCUGCCACCCGGAGAGCUGUUCAGCAGAAUUCCCUGGGAGCGGCGCGUCCACGCUGCCAUGGCCGACUCGCCUCCGGCGACUGGCGCGCGUGCUCCGACCGCAUCACUUGCUGGGCGGACAACCGUACAGCCGCGCCGCCUGUUCACUGGCGCGCCACCACCACAGGCUGAUUCACCACAGGCUGGUGGGGGCACGGGCGUCGCCGUCGGCAGCCCCGUCGCCGAGGGCGUCGUCCUCCAGGCCGAGGACUCGCGCGGCGAGCCGGUUGCCAUCGCGCAGCCCGUCGAGGUCGUCGAGGGAAGCCCGCUCCGGCCGGGAGAGGAGAGGAUGAUCCGGCAGCACCUUGACACGCACUUCGUCGGGCAAGAGCUCGUCCUCCGCCAUCUCACCAGCACGCGCGGUCGCCAUCUCAACGGCCAGAGCGCGCGCGUAGUCGGCCGGGAUCGCGAGCCCGGCAGAUACCGGCUGCACGUCAGCGUGAAUGGCGGCGAGCCCUUUCGAGUCCUCUCGACCAACCUGGCGCAUCCAGGCCGCCCCGUGCGCGCGCCGCGGCCCGCCAGCGAGGAUACCGAGGCCGUGCUGCGAACGCUGUGGGCUCUUCUCGCCGAGUACCCGGCGGAGCGGUCGAUGCGGACCGACAUGCGAUGCCGCGUCGGCUACGUGCGCAGCCACGUGGAAGCAGGGCUUGUGCCGCCGCCCACGCGGUGCGGGGACGAGAUUCGCGAGCGCGAGGAGCAAUCGAGCUGGGUGCAGACGAUCUCUCACAUGCGGCCGUGCUGUCACGGCGACAACGUGUGCGACUUGCGCCGCUUCGACCGGAGCAACUUUCUGAGCCUCAAGGAGUGGGUCAUCACAGGCACGUGUGAGGUAUGCCAGUCGGUCUUCUUCGCGGAUCCGGCGACGGACAUGGACGACACGGAAUGAAUGUCGGUGGGAGCCGAGGACGAGGCGGAAGGGCUGCGAGCCCCGUGUGGGAGGAGGAGGAGAAGUGUGGGCGUCCGAGCCGCGAGUCCACUCCAGUGGGAACCUACGCCGUGUGGGUUUCUUCCUCUCCCUUAGAGCUUAGUCCGUUAGCCAAUCUU